UCGCUCUGGCGGAAACGCGCCUGCGUGCACGCGCUCAUUAUAAUACACACAGGUGCGUUCACGCAGGGCAGGAGGAGACACAGGAGAAAGGACACAGGAAGGCAGCGGCAGGAUAGUAUGACAGCUGCCGUAGAGAAGACAGUUAACAUGGAGGAUUUUUUCCAACAGGUGGGAGAGGUUAGAUGCCUCAUUGAGAAGAUCUCCUGUCAAGCAGAGGAGGUGGAGAGGAGACAUGGCGCCAUCCUUGCCAAUUCAAACCAAGACAAGAAAAGCAGAAAGGAACUGGAGCUGCUAAACAAUGAGACCAAGAAGAAUGUAAACCUGGUCCGAGCCAAGUUAAAAUCAAUGCAGAAGGACCUGCCGGUAGACGAGAACAGCACAAGUGCCUCAGUCAUCCAGCGAAUUCACAAGAACCAGCACUCGCAUCUGACUCGAUGGUUUGCUGACGUCAUGAGGGGAUACCACAAAGCUCAAAUCGGCUUCAGAGAUAAAUGCAAAGCUCAAAUUCAGAGACAGCUAGAGAUUGUGAAUAGAGUUACUACAGAUGAUGAGUUAGAGGAGAUGCUGCACCGUGAAAAUCUUACCAUCUUCAUAUCUGAUAUCAACUCCAAUGCUCGAAUUUCGAGCCAGGCUCUAAGUGAGAUUGAAUCUCGUCAUCAGGACAUCAUCUGCCUGGAGUCCGGCAUCAAAGAGCUGCACGAGGUGUUUGCUGACACUGCCAUGCUCUUGGAGAGUCACGGGGACUUGAUCAACAACAUUGAAAAGAAUGUGACGGGUGCAGCAGAGUAUGUAGACGUGUCCAAAGAAGAAACCCACAAAGCAGUCACGUACAAGAAAAACCCAUACAAGAUAGCAUCACUGCCAAGCUUCUUCAAGGGUUUGAAGAGGCAAGCAAGUACUAAAACUGCAAAUGAUCAAAACACCUCAGAGGUAAACCAUGACUGAGCUCCUGAGCUCGUUUGAACACUGACUGCAUCAGAUGUCAUGAUCAACAUCAAAGCCUGUGCCUGAUGAAAAAAACUUCAUGUGAAUUGGGUUACGGAAUCUGCCUGUGACCUCAGAUGCCUUCCUUUUCCAAAAUGAGACUGAGGAUGAUGAUAUGUGGAAUUGAAAUGAUGAUUUGAACAGGUUCGAUAAAGAUAUGUCAAAUGAAAGUUAAAGGAUACUGAUGUAAAGUCAGAAAACGAGGACACACAUGGAUCAAACCUGACAGCCUUACAUAACUGUCUGUCUUAACUGUCACCCAGUGGUGUGAAUCCUGAGUCUAUAAUUGAUUCCUAUCCAAUGUUGAGAAAAAUAUCUGAAUACUUCUAGAAGGAUAACGCCUGAAAUUCAUUGUCACAUAGCUGAUGUUCCUCAUAGUGGCCAAUAGGGGGCAUGAAAACAUCAGAACAAAAAUCUAAACAAUGCUCAUCACCAUCCAUUCUGUCUGCAGUCAUCCUGAACUCUAUUCCUUGUGUGUUUGUUAAUAUUAUGGGCUUUACUGAAAAUGCAUACAAUGUUUUUAUAUGUGGUCUGACGCAAAGAGAGAAGAAUGUGUUGUGUUUUAAAAUAAAUGAGGCUUGCAAAAUCCCAUAAUAAA